AAAAUGAGUGCAUCGAAACGCCCGUGCAAAUCAGCUCUGCAAAACUUGCAGUGCAUGUACAAUUUGACUAGUAAAGUAGCCCUAGAUAUAUCUUUUUGGCGCUAGCUUGAGCUAUUUCACACCACUAUUUACUUACCUCUUCUUUUCUUACCGAUCAUCAGCUAUCACAAACCCUAAACUUUUCUUCUUUCCUCUCAAAACCUAACCUUCUAUCUCUUAUUCAUCUUCUUCUUCUUCCAAAAUGAGCCUAGACGAAAACGUCUCCAUGGACUUGCAAGUUCAACCCUCAGAGCAUCUCUGCUAUGUUCGCUGCAACUUCUGUAACACUGUUCUUGCGGUUGGGAUUCCAUGCAAACGGUUGCUGGAAACAGUGACAGUGAAAUGUGGCCAUUGCGGUAACCUCUCUUUUCUCAGCCCGAGACCUCAACAGCCAGCUCCCUGUUACCAAAUGAGCAUGACUUUUCAGGAGAAGCAGAGCUUUUGCAAUGAUUUGAAACUGGGCAAUUCCUCAUCAUCCUCUUCAUCGACUUCCAGUGAGCCAUUGUCCCCCAAAGCACCAUUUGUUGUAAAACCACCUGAGAAGAAACACCGGCUUCCAUCAGCCUACAACAGGUUCAUGAAGGAGGAGAUACAGCGCAUCAAAGCGACCAAUCCUGAGAUACCACAUCGAGAAGCCUUUAGCACUGCAGCCAAAAACUGGGCUAGGUACAUUCCUAAUUCACUAUCCGGGUCUGGUUCUGGAAGCAGCAACAAUGAAUGAAGUAAUCAUGUUUAAUCAACAAUGCUGAGACACAGUGGAAUUGCAAGGGCUCCUGAAGCACUUGAAAAAUCAGUUUGUUGAUUUGGUUAUUUUCUUAUUAUCAUGCACUUCAUUUUAUGUUGAUUUGGUGAUACUGUUGUUUUUUAUAAGCUCUGCAUGAGAACUAGUUAAUUUGGAAGUGUUUAACGUUUGACAUUAUUAAAAUUAUGAGUACGCUAGCUGUUCAUCUUAUCA